GGCUCAGAGCGUGCGCAGCAUGGAGGGUGAGCCGCCAAAGGCGUUGGCGACGCCUGAAACCGAGACCUAUCAGGUCUCCAGGGAUGUCGCUGGCACCUUGCGGAAGACGGAUGAGACAACCGGGGAAGUAGAGCUCUACACUAGCAUCGAGGGGAUCCUCCAGGCCGUGCCCAAGUUGAAUUGGGAUUUGGCUGCGGCCUGGAGCCGCCUGCCCAUCCUUCGGGUGCAUCUCUUCAUCGAUCGAGGAAGCUACGACCGAGGGGGCAUCGAGCGAUCUUACGCCAGCAAGGUCUUUCACCCCGAGGGUUUGGACCUCAUUGCGGCGGUGCAUUGGUGGCGGAAGCGUGUCAAGGGCACUGCGGGCUUCGCUGUCUUCGAGGGCUCCUUCGACGCUCAGGUCAGUGUCACCGAUCCACCUAUUCUGCUGCUGGAUGGCACAGGUGAUGUGGAGGCUGACGAUUUGGAUGUGAUCCAAAGGAAGCGGCAGGGCCAUCUGAAGCGAAAGGAGCUGGAGAAGAGGUGGGCGGGCAAGGGCGCAACUGAAGAAAUCUUAAAGAAGAUCAAGCAGGCUGAUGCCCAUCGCAUGAGCCGCAAGGCGAAAGGCGAAGAAUAUCUUUACAAGAAGGGUUGGGUCACCAAAGGAAGCGAAGAAGCUCCAAGACGUGGCUUGGACACAAAGGAGACCGACUAUUGCUUUGGAGCAUCGUUUUGCAUUUCGUUUGGUAUGAAAGGCCUAAUUCUGCCCAUCCUGCAGCAAUGAAACCAAAAUAAUGAGAGAAUUCCUGCUCUUAUAUACAUCGUGUCACAAAUCCACAAGAAAAGGAAAGCAACG